GAGAAGAAGAAGACGAAGAAGAGAAAAAAAGAAAGAGAAGAUAAACUUUUAUAUAUUCCUUUUCUUCGGUGGUUUCAUGAUAUUCUCCCUCUCUCAAGCUCCCACCUACUUCACCCCUUUUCACUUUUUCUCUUGUCUCUCACUCGAAUCCUAUCUUUCAUCAUCCUCAUAAUCUAACAUUCAGCCUGCCUUUUACUGUCCAAGUAACUGUUCAUUGUAAAUACAAAGAGAGAAAACAAAAAGUUAAUUAGUUAAAUUAAUUACAACCACCGACCAUAGAUUAUUAUUAUUACUAUUAUAUUAUUGGAAAUCAAUUUUUAAUCAAGUUUAAGGUGAAACUAAAAAGUGAACAAUUUACUUCAAUCAACCAUCAAAAACUAAAAUCAACUUAAAUCAUCAUAUAAAUUGUUCUGAGUUUGCUUCCAAUUGGAUAUAAAUUUCAAUUAAUUGUGGUUUUAUGCAAACUUAAUCAUCUUCAAAUUGUGAAAGUUCAAUUUUAUUCAAAUUGUUCUAAUUGUAAUCAUAAUCAAAUCUCUACAUUCAACCUAAAAUCCUUUGAAUCGUUGGGUUUUGUACCUUUGGAGUGUUAAUUGUCAAUAUAAUUUCAUUUUCCAUCUUAAAUUGUUUAACUUUACGUUAACCCAAACGGAUACUUCGAGCUGGAUCCCGAAGGUGAAGAACCUCCCAAAAAGGUCUUUGGCUUUGACCUUGGGGCUGCGUUUACAUCGGCAAAAGAUCAACUUCGUCUGUUCCGUCAGCGAGAUAAAUCAGAACGAUUAACUGAUUUUCCCAAUGAAGAAGAUGAAAAUUAUGAACUGCCGACUCUUAAAAGUCAACCAUCAGCAAAUCCUCCCGACCUGAUAGGUAGAAAACUUCAACAACAAGAAGAUGCCCGAUUGCGAAGUGGUAACCGUGAGUUUCUCACUCGAAUGGACACAAUUGUCGGUGAACGAACUGGACUAUCCCGUUAUGUUGACCCAGAGUGUCCCUGUUGUAAUCUGUCAAAGCGUUACACCAUCGCCGUCCUAACCUCAAUUGGAUUUGUAAUUAGCUUUGGAAUCCGUUGUAACAUGGGAGUUGCAUCAGUUAAAAUGUUUUCAAAUUCAACAGCAACCGGAAAGCCGGAACUGGACUGGACUCCCGAAACUGUGGGCGUUGUGGACUCAUCUUUCUUUUGGGGUUAUAUUGUCACACAAAUUCCAGGCGGUUUUCUAGCCGCUAAAUAUCCAGCCAAUAGAGUUUUUGGAACAGCAAUAGCCACCUCUGCCUUCCUUAACCUUUUACUUCCGGGAGCAGCUUAUUUCGGCUAUGGUAUGUUCAUGGGGGUUAGGAUAUUACAAGGACUCGUCGAGGGUGUAACAUAUCCAGCAUGUCAUGGUAUAUGGCGUCACUGGGCACCUCCCAUUGAACGCAGUCGCUUAGCUACUCUGGCUUUUUGUGGUUCUUAUGCUGGAGCUGUAUUAGGUUUACCAAUAUCGGGUAUGCUUACAGAGUGGCUUGGAUGGCAGGCUUGCUUUUAUUUUUAUGGUGUGGUUGGUUGUUUUUGGUACUUAUCAUGGUUAUUAUAUUCAUUUGAAAAGCCAGCUAAACAUCCGACAAUUACUCAAGCUGAAUUGAUCUACAUCGAGGAAAGUAUUGGAAACGUUGCCCAAACAUCACCAACGUUCAAAACGACACCUUGGAAGGCCAUAUUUUCAUCCUUACCUGUUUAUGCUAUAAUUGUCGCCAAUUUUUGUCGUAGUUGGACAUUUUACCUUUUACUGAUAUCACAACCCACUUAUUUCAAACAUGUUUUCCAUUCAUCGGUGGGAGAGUCUGGUUUUUUAGGAGCAGUUCCUCACUUAUGUAUGACUAUAAUUGUCCCAUUUGGUGGUCACUUGGCUGACUUUUUCAGACGAUCAGGUUUACUGACCACUACACAAGUUAGAAAAUUAUUUAAUUGUGGAGGCUUCGGUAUGGAAGCUUUGUUUUUGUUUGUUGUUGGAAGUACAUCAAGUGAAGCUCUGGCGAUCUCAGCGUUAACCUUUGCCGUUGGUUUCAGUGGAUUUGCAAUCUCAGGUUUCAAUGUUAAUCAUUUAGAUAUUGCUCCUCGUUAUGCUUCAAUAUUAAUGGGAAUCUCCAAUGGAUUCGGUACAUUGGCCGGAAUGUUUUGUCCAAUCGUAACUGAAAUGAUGACCACAGGAAAGACUUCAGAGGAAUGGCAAAAGGUAUUUACCAUGGCGGGUUUUAUUCAUUUGUGUGGUGUCAUAUUUUAUGGUAUCUUUGCCUCCGGUGAACUUCAACCUUGGUCCGAACCACCUCCGGAUCCUAAUCAUAUACCCAACUGGAAGAUAAGACAAAUGUCAAUUAAAGGAGGUCACCCACCGGGCAGUGGGUCAAGUGAAAUGAAUGGUGAUCUACAGCGUAUGGAUUCAAGUGAAACCGCUGGUGGGGCAGUUGGAGGUAGUGGACCUGGAGGUUACUAUCAACAAGGAGGUUAUCCAAAUCAACAGGGAGCGGGUGGAGUUAUGGGACCACCGAUGCAACAAUCAAGCAACAUGAUGAUGGGUGGAGGAGGUGGUGGUGGAGUUGUUGGCGGUGGAAAUGUUAUCAACAGUAACAAUCCUUACUAUGGGUCAACUGAUGUCCAGCAAACCUCAUUUUAUGACACUCGACCUGAAUACUCACAGCCCAGGCCAACUGACCGGUACAUGCAUGGGUCAGUUCAUGAUAGGGAAUACUAAUCAUCAUCAUCAUCAUCAUUAUCAUCAUCGUCUCCAUCACAAUCACCCACCACCACCACCACCUCAUCAUCAUCAUCAUCAGGCAACUUCACCAUAGAUUUAAUAUAAAAAAAUAUAUUUUCAUUCAUUGAAAAUGUAAUAAUAACAUUUAAUCAUCUUGCCAUCAUCUUAAUUGCCUCGAAAGUAUAAAAUUAGCGGUUUUCAAUUGAAUUGAUUUGCUAAAUGAUUCAACUCUAAUCUUCACAAUUAAUAACACAAAUUUGGUCAAUCCAAGAUUUUAAUUUUUCUAAAUUCUUAUUUACUGUUUGAAAUUUUGAUUACGUUACAAAUCCUGUUAGUUAAUUAUGAUUAACUAAUUUUCUGUUGACAUUUUGUUUGUUUCAAUUAACGUCCGUUGUUUUUUUUCCCGUUUGUUAUGGUCAGUUAAUUGUUGUUGUUGUUUUCUUUAUCCAUCACAAUUAACCUUUAAUUGUUUCUCUUCCUCUUAUGGUUUUUUUUAAUCAACUAAUCUAUUGAUUAACUCUAUACUCAGUGUGUUUGUCAGCGAUUUAACUCAAUCAUCUACCAAUCAACUAAUCAUCAAUCAAAUCAACCAGUUUAAUCAAUGAAUGAAAUUGUAAUUCUAAUUGUUCAGUUGGGAAAAGUUUUCUAAUCACUUUGAUUAUAACAAUUAAAGACCUUUUUUAAUUGACAGGGUUAAUCAAUGUUUUUCUUUGCUCUUCAAUAUUAAUGUUGAUAAUUAAGUUUAAUUAGUUACAAUUUAAGCUAUCGAACCAAAUUAAGUUAAUUGUGGUUUUCAUUUUCUAUGUUUUUAUCAAGUGUCCUUUCAAUACCAAUCAUCAUAAUCAUUUAAUGUCUUUAAUUGUUAUAAUUUUUAAUUAUGGAAACCAAAUUACAUUUAAAUUGAUCAAAAAAUUUAAAUGUUGAUAAUAAGUGAU